AUGGACGGAUGCGGCUGGAAGGAAAUGGAGGUGGCUCUGGUCGAUUUCGACAACUCGGACGAGAUCCAGGAGCAGCCCGGCUACCAGGACCCGGACCUCAGCCCCGCCGGCGCCCCCAGAGGCCGGCCCGGGCCGGGCCCCUUCUCCAACUGGAAGCUGCUCCUCGGGGACAGCCACGAGACGGCCUUCUCCCGGCUCCCGGGGGCCGACGACCCGGACCCCCCGGGGCCGGAGCCCGCGGUCCCCAGCGAGGGGGACCAGCGGGUGAUCAUCAACGUGGCGGGGCUGCGGUUCGAGACCCAGCUCCGCACCCUCACGCAGUUCCCGGACACGCUGCUGGGCGACCGGGAGAAGCGGGCGCGGUUCUUCGACGCCAUGCGGAACGAGUACUUCUUCGACCGCAACCGGCCCAGCUUCGACGGCAUCCUGUACUACUACCAGUCGGGCGGGAAGAUCCGGCGCCCGGCCAGCGUGCCCAUCGACGUCUUCGCCGACGAGAUCGCCUUCUACGAGCUGGGCAGCGAGGCCAUGGAGGCGUUCCGGGCGGACGAGGGCUUCAUCCCGGACCCCGAGACGCCGCUCCCCGCCAACGACGUCCACCGGCAGUUCUGGCUGCUGUUCGAGUACCCGGAGAGCUCCGUGGCCGCCCGGGCCGUGGCCGCCGUGUCCGUGCUGGUGGUGAUCAUCUCCAUCACCAUCUUCUGCAUGGAGACGCUGCCCGAGUUCCGUGAGGACCGGGAGCCGCGGCUGGUGCGGGACCCCGGGCGCAACGCCACCCGGAUGGUGCUGUCCCCGUCCAUGUUCACCGACCCCUUCUUCAUGGUGGAAUCCACCUGCAUCGUGUGGUUCACCUUCGAGCUGGCGCUGCGCUUCGCCGUGUGCCCCAGCAAGGCCGGCUUCUUCCGGAACAUCAUGAACAUCAUCGACGUCAUCUCCAUCAUCCCCUACUUCGCCACGGUGGCCACGGAGCUGGUGCAGGAGACGGAGCCCACCGCCCAGCAGAACAUGUCGCUGGCCAUCCUGCGGGUCAUCCGGCUGGUGCGCGUCUUCCGCAUCUUCAAGCUGUCCCGCCACUCCAAGGGGCUGCAGAUCCUGGGCCAGACGCUCAAGGCGUCGCUGCAGGAGCUGGGCCUGCUCAUCUUCUUCCUCUUCAUCGGCGUCAUCCUCUUCUCCAGCGCCGUGUACUUCGCCGAGGUGGACGAGCCCGAGUCCCACUUCUCCAGCAUCCCCGACGGCUUCUGGUGGGCCGUGGUCACCAUGACCACCGUGGGCUACGGCGACAUGUGCCCCACCACCGCGGGCGGCAAGAUCGUGGGCAUCCUGUGCGCCAUCGCCGGCGUGCUCACCAUCGCGCUGCCCGUCCCCGUCAUCGUGUCCAACUUCAACUACUUCUACCACCGGGAGACGGAGCGGGAGGAGCGGCAGAAGAACAUGCCCGAGGAGAUCCACAAGACUGGCUCACCCACGGGCAGCGCGGACUCGCUCAGCAAGACCAACGGGGGCUGCUCCUCCGCGGAGCCGUCCCGGGAGUGA